CUUUGCGUCAUUAACUGGUGUGGUAUUCCAAGAUGGCUGCCUCCAUGGUACAGCGGUGUGUUUUCUCUGUGAGACGAGUAUCAAAAUUUGCAACACAAACUAUUACAGCUAGAAGAUCUAUUCUUUCCGCAGCAUACAUAGACACAAAAAAAUGGGAUCAAAGGCCGAAAGAUCCUCAAAACCUAGCUGAGUUAGCGACUCUAAUGGACAUGACUUACGAGAAGAAGCUUCCCGUCAGCUCCUUAACGAUAGCCCGGUUUGUUGACAAUAUUUCCUCAAGAGAAGAAAUUGAUCAAGCUGAGUACUAUCUUUAUAAGUUUCGUCACAGUCCAAACUGCUGGUAUAUCAGGGACUGGACCAUCCACAGUUGGAUUAGACAGUGUCUUAAAUAUGGGGCCAGGGACAAGGCUGUGCAUACCCUGAACAAUAAGGUGCAAUAUGGAAUAUUUCCGGAUGACUUCACGUUUAAUUUGCUGAUGGAUUCCUUUAUAAAAGAUAAAGAUUAUAAAGGUGCAUUCUCAGUUGUUGUUGAAGUGAUGUUACAAGAAGCUUUUGAUUUGACUUCAACUCAGCUGUUGUCACUCCAUGUGCUGAGCCAGUACUUGGAUACCAAGCCUGAUCUCAAAUGGGAAGAGGAACGGAACCUCGGGGCGGCUCUGUUGAUCUCCGGACUGAAACAGGAGAAUACAGUCGGCUUUAGUGCUCAACUUCUUGGCUGUUCCCUUCUCGGAAAAGUUGAACUUCGUCAGGGGAUCCGUGCCUUGUACCAUCAGAUGCCACUGAUGUGGACCCCUGGGUAUCUGAACAAGUCCUUGGCUGUGAUGGAGAAGGUGUCUGCACUGCCUGCCCACGUGAAGCUCUCCAAGGAGGCAUUGGAUGCCCUAGAGACCAUACUGCAGACUCAGUCUUCGACAGCCCCGGAGUCCAGUGAAACUGAAGGGGCAGGUGAUUCACAAGACACCAGUCCAGACACCACAAACGUAGAGAAGGAAAUGGAGAGGACAAAACUCCCCGACUAUAUGAACAGAUUUCAAGAGCUGAACGGUAAGCUGCGGUCCCAUGGCAAGGUUGAAUCUGAAAGCAUGCUGACCCUGACUGGCAGCCUCAUUGAAGAGAAGCUGGCCGCCAUCGAAGCCACUGACAUUGCCGGGUAUGAAAAGAAGCUGCAGGAGUGGGAGGAGGAGCGAGUCCAUCUAGCAAAGAGGGAGAAAGAGAUGAGAGAAAAGGCCCGACUGGAGCGAGAGGCCAGGCUGGCAGCCAAAGCCUCCUCUUAGUGCAGCAAUGUCAGGACACCAACACUUUCUAUUGGUACAUCUCUGUAACAAGCACAUCCCUGCUGCAUUGCAAAUAAUAAGGUCCUGUUAGAAAACAUAGAUAUACCGGUAUGUAGUUUGUGAAUCUCAAUACAGAGCUUGACAUGGAUUCUUCUGUUGACAAGCCAGCAGAGAAAAAUCCCAGGUGAUUUAUAAUGUCUAGGCUGAGUCAUAGUGAAGGGAUUGGUCUGGGCAGAGUUGGGUUUUUAAAUUGCUAGAUACCCUUUUGUUAAAGUCAGAUUUCUUGUCAUGUCUCCUCUGCACCUGUUCACCCAGAAUCAUUCCAGACAUAUUGGUCCCAAACGAUGUUGACAUGAACAGGUCCACUUAAAAUUCUGCUUUUUGAGUUAUCAGUUGAAAUUAUGUAUUACUCAAACAGUCACCUGUUGUUCAUGCAAUUUUGUUUUAUUAAAAAAAAAGUUAAGAUAUGGUCA